AUGCUGGGUGCCAUAUUCAGCGGUGAACUUGACCCGUCUGUUCGUGACGCCACCGGGGCUUAUGUCAUGGACAGGGACGGGCCCAUCUUCCGUCACGUACUGAAUUUCCUCAGACAGGGCAAGCUGAUUCUACCGGAGGACUUCAAGGAGUGGGACCUGCUGGCCUCAGAGGCCGAUUUCUUCCAAAUCCCAGACCUGGUAGCGGCAGUGUCUUCGCGUAAGGAUGACUUGACGAGACCACCCAUGGCCGUGGCAGAUGACCCAAAAAAGGAAUUUGUGGAAUUCGUAGAACAAGAUAACAAGAAUUGCAAAUACCGGGGCAGUUGGGAAACUUUGGAGAGACUACCACGUAAGUUUCGUCGUGUACUUGAAGCAGACCCUAGCUUCGCACUGUCCGUACAGCCCCAGGAAUCUAGACGAUCCAAUGAAGAUAUGCGUACCAUUGUAGAAGGGUGUGGGGAGAUAUCGGGAUACUGGGGUUCCUACUCGGUACAGUGCUUACCAUGGCAUCCUAACACGUCUUAUAAAGUGACAGACCCACCAAAUUGGAUGGCGGUAUUUCAACGAGCCUCUAAACUCGGUUUUCAGUUGUUGAGCACGUCGGCCAUGCCCGGAGAGAAAUCAUCGUUGUUUGGUAGAAAGGUCCCGCCCAAUAUGUAA